AAUUGCAAACGAGGCUAUCAAUUGUGGUGAUAUUUAUUAUUUCAAAAAUUAUAGUCAUGAUUUAGUUAGCCUUCCUAAAACAUAUUUGAAUAAUGCUUGGAGUGCACAGUGGUAUAAUGGCGUUAAAGCAAAAUAUUACCGAAGGGUACAACCAACCAUUCCUUCCAAACCAUGGUUCUACAAAUAUAAUUUUAAACGCCACGAGACUUCCAGUUUGAUACGGAUGAGAUUAGGCCACACGUGUAGUCCGGCACAUCUAGCGACGAUCGGAGUGCUGGAUAGCAGUAAGUGUGAGUGCGGUGCGGACAUUGGCGAUUUAAAUCACAUUAUUCUUUCAUGUCCCCUUUUUGAUCAUUCACUUCUUUAUAGUUCUUUAUCAUCACUUAGUAUUCCUUUUCCUAUAUCUGUACCUUAUUUAUUACAUACAGUAGACCCAGUUAUUUAUAAAAUUAUUAUCUUAUUCCUCAACAGUUUUAACCUAAAAUUAUAAUUAUAUAUAUUAUUUAUUCUUCCUAAUUAUAUUAAUCCUAAUCCAAUUUUCCUGCCUAAACCUUAUCUAACUUAUAUUUUCUGAUUUGAUUUUUGCUUCCUAACCUUUAUUUUGAAAGUGGCAAAUAACACUUGGUGUUGGGUCCAAAAAGAAAAAAAAAAAAAAAAAAAACACUUAAUAUGAGUUAAACAAUUAUUUAUCUUGCAUGCACGAGUUGCAUAUUUCUUGGUAAUUUCGUAUAAAUCAUGAACAGUCAUAAAAAUUUUAACAGACGGCAAAAAUAAUAAAUACACUUGAAAAAUUGAGUUUAUUAACACAUUUUGGUCUACCGAGACAGUUUGUUUGGUUUAGUGAAAAGUUUGAAAGUGUUGGAUUUGUUGCGUUGAAAAUUGGAAUCAGUGCUAAUAAAGUGGCAAUAUAUAAUUUGAAAAAUAUAAAAGUCUUAUGAAAUCACCAAAAAUGGCUAUGCAGUGUCAAUUGUGGAUGGGCAGUUUGGAGCCCAAUAUGACUGAGAGUUUCAUAAUGGCAGCAUUUAAUAGACUGGGACAGAGACCUCUAGCAGUAAAAGUCAUGAGGAACAAAUUCACUGGGGAACCUGCAGGAUAUGCUUUUGUGCAUUUUCAGACUGAUGAAGAAGCGAUUGACGCAAUGCACAAAUUGAAUGGAAAACCCAUACCAGGCACAUUUCCAGUGGUUAGAUUUAGACUAAACACAGCAUCCAGAGAAACUAGAGCCAAUAUGCAACAUGAAAGAGAAUUUUCUGUUUGGGUUGGAGAUCUAAGCCCUGACGUUGAUGAUUACUCUCUUUAUAGAGUGUUUGCUUCUAAAUAUACUUCCAUAAAAACUGCUAAAGUGAUAUUAGAUAAUUCUGGCUAUACAAAAGGAUAUGGCUUUGUCAGAUUUGGUAAUGAAGAUGAGCAACGUAAUGCACUAUAUGCUAUGAAUGGUUAUUGUGGACUCGGAACAAAACCUCUCAAAAUUUGCACAGCUGUACCUAAACCUAAAAGUAAUUUAACAACUGCUCAGUCUACUUCUACAACUUCAACCGCCACCUACACUAGCGGAACGGAUUACAACCAAUAUUAUGAUCCGUCAGCCUAUUGGCAAAAUUAUUCAGCCUGGUCUGGGUACUAUGGACAGGGUGAACAAGUCACGACAGCUGCAGUCCAACCGGCAGUUGCAUCUGAUACUACACCAGCUGUCGCUGUCAAAACACAAACCGAUGAUUUGGUUCUCGUUGAUCACAAGAAACCAAUCGACGUGGAUCAUAUGAAUAAUGAAUUUUUGGACGUAAACAUUUCGCUAUGGGACAGUUUAGAAGGAUCACAAUGGUUCCCUCACGACGUCAUAGAAGUUCACUCAUAAACUAUCAGUACGAAAACUAGUUGAUUUAAGUUCUGUAAAUAAAUACAUGUGGAAGCUUUUUUAAAAGUUAAUUUCAUAUAAAUAA